AUGAGGCAACUUCCGGAGAACAAGCUUGAUAAGAAGCUCAAAGGCAUCCAUGCUUGGAGAAAGGUCUUUAGUAUGAUAUUUGUGGCUAUAUGUGCUUCUGUGUGGAUUUGUUCAGCUGUUGCAGCAGCUCCGGCUGCUGCUAGCUCUAUCCCUGUAGCCUCAAUGGGGAAGUGGAUUGACUGUUGA